GUUAGCAUGUACUUGUUGGUAAGAAAACAGAAUUUAUAGAGAGAAACAAAAACUUUCAUCACAUGAGUCAACUUCUUCUGCUUCCCUCUCCUUCACCCCACUAUGCCUACAAUCAACAAAAAGCUCUUACUCAACACCACCGCCGUCAGCGUCGGAUGCGGCGGCGGCUGCCGGAGAUUCAACCUCUCCAAGAUCUUCAACCCAAAACCCAACAAAUACAAACGAAACCACACCCACUACUACCCCGACAACCACCGGCGUCACCACAACCACCACCACUCCUCCACCUCCACCUCAUGGAACACCACCCCAACAACCACCACCACCACCCCAACCGCAACCUCAUUCUCACCCAACACCUCAGAGUCGACCCUGGACGAGUCUGAAGUUAGCUUGAGAGCGGUUCAAGGGUUUGGGAAGAUCGGCGGCAACAGUCUGGCGGUGGAGAAAGAUUCCGACGACCCGUAUGUCGAUUUCAGGGAUUCAAUGCUGCAGAUGAUAAUGGAGAAAGAGAUAUACGGGAGAGAAGAUCUGAGGGAGCUUCUCAACUGUUUCUUGCAGCUUAACUCACCAUAUUACCAUGGAAUCAUCAUCAGAGCUUUCACUGAAAUCUGGAACAAUGUUUUGGCUUCGAAGCUCAUGCAUGGGGAACGAUCCAUGUACAUGUGAAUCCAUCAACUCUUUGCACGUGACUUCAACCAAGUCUUGAUUAUAUGCGACUAUCUAUCUAUCUACUUUAAGUUUUGAUUUUGUUAUAUUAUGUGACACAAAAUCAAAAUAGCGUCUAAGUAUGUGAUGUUAUUAGCACUUUAAAAAUGUCUACUUUAUGUGUGCUUUCUGUUUUUAAGUCAAGUAGUUUUAGUUAGAUAUAGUUGAAGUUGUAGACUUUAUUUUCAAGUGCUACUAACAUCAUUUAUAAUGUAAUGUUUUAGUUUGUUUUAUUAUCUUAAAAUGAUGAUUUAAGCCAUCUAUUAUGGUUAUUUUCUA